AGCGGCUCGCACACGCAGCUCGCAGAAGGAAAGAGAUGGUGAAGGGACUCAAGCCUCACAGGUACCACCAGUACCACAUCGUGGGCCGCCACGUCCCGACCGAUGCGGACCCCAACCCGCAGGUGUACCGCAUGAAGCUCUGGUCGUUGGACGACACCCGCGCGAAGUCGAAGUUUUGGUACUUCCUGUCCCGCCUUAAGAAAGUUAAGAAGGCGAACGGUCAAAUCAUCGCGUGCAACGAGAUCUUCGAAGAGGACGUCACGACGAUUAAGAACUUUGGGAUCUGGAUCCGCUACCAGUCGCGCACGGGCUUCCACAACGCGUACAAGGAGUACCGCGAGAUCAGCAUGAACAAAGCCGUCGACGCGCUUUACGAGGAGAUGGCGUCCCGCCACCGCGUGCGCGCGCCGUGCCUGCAGAUUAUCAAGAUUUGCCAAGUCGCGGACGCGGAUGUCAAGCGCGACAACACGAUUCAGUUCCUCGGCGUGAAGGAGCCGGUGUCGUUCCCUGUGGUGAACAAGGUGCUUCGCCACGAUUCCAAGUCUCAGAAGACGACGUUCAAGUACAAGCGACCGAACUUCUCCGCGGUGUAAACCGAUGCGUGAGGAUGUGUGGGGUGUGGUGUUCUUGAUGAAAGGUCUCGAGGGGGAGGAGAGAUUUGGAGAGUUCGUGGUGCGACGAUCGAUGCGAGGGACGAAGAAUCGAUCGACACGAGGAGGGGGUUCCGGGAUGGGGGGGGAGUGUCGCGGGUGCCGGUGAGCUUCGCGAAAUUGGCGUAACGACGACGCGCGCGCGUCGUCGAAAAACAAAACUAACAACAACAACUAAUAGCGUUUGUAAGAAGAACAAGCGCUUCAACUAA